AUUCUCCUCCCACGGAUAUUUCGCACUCCCAUUCAAAUCUUGCGGAAAUUUUUACCACACGUUCUUUUACAGUCGAUAUCAUGAGAACCUGAAUCUUGUCUGCUUGCAGGAUGAAACGUAAAGCACCCGAAGAUGGAGAGUCACCUCCGAAAAGGCGCCUUGUAUCGGCCGACGAUAGCAGCAUUGAUUCUGCUUUUCGAUCAGAUCUUUUCGGGCUUGACACUCGAGAAGCCUUCCGCAAUUCUUACCAAACGUCGGUGCCUUAUCCGCAUGCCGUUGUACCCUCUUUGAUCCAAGAACCUCUGCUCCGCUCGGUGCGGCAGGAAAUCACUACCCAUAUUCAUUUUACCCUGAAAGAGACGGACAUCUAUCGCAUCUACCAAUCCGGCGACCUUGCAAAUCUCUCCAACCUCGAUGCUGAGUCGCUCAAACAUUUGCCCAGCCUAGUUCGCCUGAGAGAUGCUCUGUACAGCUCUGAUUUUAGGGAAUGGGUGUCCACUGUUACCGGCGCAGGCAAGGUGUCUGGGAAAAAGACCGACAUGGCAGUCAAUGUCUACACACCAGGGAGUUAUCUUUUGUGCCACGAUGAUGUGAUCGGGAGCCGAAGAGUCAGUUACAUCUUGUACCUGACAGACCCAGAUCAUCCCUGGCAACCUGAAUGGGGCGGCGGACUGAGGCUGUAUCCGACCGAGACGAAAAGAAACAAAGCAGGCGAGGAGAUCAAGGUUCCUCUUGCUCAGCACAGUUUAAACAUUCCACCUUCCUUCGGGCAAUUGAGUUUCUUCGCCGUCAGGCCUGGUGAGAGUUACCACGACGUGGAAGAAGUCUACCACGCAGAAACCCUGGAACAAGACGGCAGGAGAGUCCGCAUGGCAAUCAGCGGCUGGUAUCACAUCCCGCAGGAAGGCGAGGACGGGUUUGAACAAGGCAUGGAACAAGAACAGGCUCAGAAAUCUAGCCUUGCGCAGCUCAAGAGCGCCUCGAACGAAUUUGACGAGCCCCAGCUGGCGUUUCGUCAUUUUGACGAGCCGAGGAGCGUCAUGGAUAGUCGAGCUGCCGCGAGGGAGAUUGACCCAGGCGACGACCUUGACACCGAAGAUGGCAUACUCACAGAGCAAGAUUUGACCUUUUUGCUUCAUUACUUGACACCAAGCUAUCUAACUCCGGACAUGAUUGAAGACUUCUCAUCCUCAUUUGCCGACAUGUCAGUGUUACAACUAGAGGAGUUCUUCAACCCCACAUUCGCGGCCGAGUUGAAGGACUAUAUACAAAGGGUCGAAAGUGAGGACAAACAUCCGGUCCCAUCCGGAUCGAGAUCCUAUCAUCCUUCAGCCUGGAGAGUUGCUCGUCCACCACACAAGCAACGCUAUGCGUACCUUCAAACAGCGGAGGCCUUGCAUCGCGACAAAUGUCCAGUCUCCCGAAUCCUGGCUGACUUGAUACAUUCACAUGCCUUCAAGAAGUGGCUGGCGCUCGUUACAGGGCUGAAGACAAGAAGUCUCAUUCGCCAGAGCGCAGUAGCUCGCAGGUUUCGACGAGGAAAAGACUAUGCACUAGCAAACCCUUACCAAGGCGAGACGCCCAGACUGGAGUUCACCAUUUCAAUCACCCCGAGUGAGGGCUGGGAAAGAGAACGAGAUUCGGAUGAACAAGAGGAUGGUAAGCUGGCGACUGGUUUGGAAAAGCAAGCCAACGGCAGUCGGUCUUUCCGCAAUGGCGUCGAGGAUGAGAAAGACAAGAAGGGCAAGGCUGCCGCAGUCGAAAAGAUCCAAGUCUCCACAUCACCGGAAAUCGAGUUCGGCGGCGAAGAAGUUUACAUGGCGGGUGAAGAGGAGGAAGAUGGCCUACCAGAAGAGAGCGACUCGAAGCCCCUACCAAGUGUCGGCAAAAAACCAGCCCACGAUCCCGCCGUCUACAGAUCCGCCGAUGAUGAAGAUGAUGGUAUCCUGUUCGCCAGUCCCCCGGGCUGGAAUAAAUUCUGCAUCGUGCUCAGGGAUAAAGGCACAUUGAGAUUUGUCAAAUACGUGAGCCAGGCCGCACAAGGCGACCGCUGGGAUUUGAAAGGCGAGGUGGAGGUCGAUGAAGCUGGCUGGGACGAGGGAACAGGUGGCGAGGCAGAAGAGUUUGAAGAGGAAGAUGAGGAAGACGACACGGACGAAGAGGAUGUUGACGAUCUAGAAAGCCAUGAAGACAACUCCUGAGCUUUCUGCGCCCACGCUCAAUCGAUGCGCUGGUUCGCCCACAUCACUGAAAGGACAGCCGUGGUAUGUGCUGAUCUAGGGCUUCGACCGGUCCGUCACAAUCAGGUGCCUCUCCUGCAGACUAGAUAGGUUCAUCAACUGGUCCAAUUGACGGAUUGAGGGUAUUUAAGAAUUGCAGCCUUGAGCAGUACCACGUGCGCAUCUCAUGUCACAAUAGAACCUGCCGCAUGAUCUGGCAUUGAUUCCUGGUAAGCCG